AUGUCCGCUCGUGUCUACUUGCUUGUCCUGGUGUCCUCGGUGUGCCUGUUGGCGGCCGCCGACGAUCCCUACGGAGCGCCCAUCCCCAUCCUCAAGGACGACCGGACGCAGGACGCCUACGGCGGCUACUCCUUCGACUUCGAGUCCGGCAACGGCAUCGUCCGACAGGAGUCCGGGAAGGAGAGCGACGGACAGGCGAAGGAGGGAGGCUGGAGGUACACCUCCCCCGAGGGCGUCCCCGUCGAGAUCGUCUUCGUGGCCGACCAGGGGGGAUUCCAGCCUCAGGGGGCGGUCAUCCCCGUGGCCCCCCCGCUCCCCUACCAGAGAUCCGCGUACAAAGAGGACUUUUCCCAAGGCCCAACCCCCACUCCAGAGUAUACAGAGAAAAGUGAUAAAAUGGAUGAUCGCCAAUUUGAUCUGGAUCGUAAUUUUUAUGAUGUUCCAAAAAGCAUAGGCCACAGAUUUAGCCCCGCCCCCAGCGUAAUUUUGUACGCGCAUGAAAAUAAAGAAAAAUGA